AUCGUGUAUCUAGUGUUCUCAAAAAAAUACAUGAAAGGCGCUUUUAAUAUUCUCCUUAAUAUAAAUAUCAAUAAAAUAUUUGUGCUUAAAAUAUGUGAGUUUGUGACGUGAAGAGAUCUGUUCAUAAUUAAGAUUUACAAGCUUUUUGUUUGAGAUAAACGGAUAGGAGAAUUAAGUUUACUUUUUUUCGUUGCUCAAGUUUUAAUUUAAAAAUUUUUUGAGAAAUAAAUGAAUAAAAGUUUUAAAUAUGUCGGAUGAUAAGCAGGACAUUGAUAUCAAUAAGGCAUUCGAAAACUUAUUACUCGCCGAAGAUUUAGCUGAAAAAGUAGGUUAUGAAGAAGGAUUUGCAUCUGGUAAAAAUCAAAUGAUCGAAGGAUAUCAUUUUGGAUAUCACAGAGCCAGUGCACUUGCAGCGCAAUUAGGAUAUUAUUAUGGUGUUUUAAUACAUAUACAACAGACAUCUAAUAAUCAAAAACUUACUGAACAAUUAGAUAGAUUGAUAGAGGAUAUACAGAAGUUUCCUGUUGAUAAUGAUGAUGCAGUUGAUAUCUUUGAAAAAUUCGAAAAUAUUAAAUUAAAUUUUAAGAAAAUUUGUUCGUUAGUUAAAAUAGAUUCCGCGCAUCCUGAGAAUAAUAAGCUUGAAUUUUAACGUAUAAAAUAUAUU